GGGAGGGAGCGCGCCUAGGCCGACCUCUGAGUGGCGGCCCCGCGGCCAACAUGCUUCGCAAAGGGUGCUGUGUGGAACUGCUGCUGCUGCUGCUGGCCGGGGAGCUGCCCCUGGGCGGCGGCUGCCCGGGGGACUGCGUGUGUUACCCCGCACCCAUGACGGUCAGCUGCCAGGCGCACAACUUCGCCGCCAUCCCCGAGGGCAUCCCGGAGGACAGCGAGCGCAUCUUCCUGCAGAACAACCGCAUCACCCUCCUCCAGCAGGGCCACUUCAGCCCCUCCAUGGUCACCCUGUGGAUCUACUCCAACAACAUCACCUUCAUCGACCCCAACACCUUCCAGGGCUUCGUGCACCUGGAGGAGCUGGACCUCGGCGACAACCGGCAGCUGCGGACGCUGGCGCCCGAGACCUUCCAGGGCCUGGUGAAGCUCCAUGCCCUCUACCUCUAUAAGUGUGGGCUCAGUGCCCUGCCGGCCGGCAUCUUUGGCGGCCUGCACAGCCUGCAGUACCUCUACCUGCAGGACAACCACAUCGAGUACCUCCAGGACGACAUCUUUGUGGACCUGGUCAACCUCAGCCACCUGUUUCUCCACGGCAACAAGCUGUGGAGCCUAGGCCAGGACACCUUCCGGGGCCUGGUGAACCUGGACCGGCUGCUGCUGCACGAGAACCAGCUGCAGUGGGUCCAUCACAAGGCUUUCCACGACCUCCGCAGGCUGACCACCCUCUUCCUCUUCAACAACAGUCUCUCUGAGUUGCCGGGCGACUGCCUGGCACCCCUGGGAGCCCUGGAGUUCCUCCGCCUCAACGGGAACGCCUGGGACUGUGGCUGCCGGGCGCGCUCCCUGUGGGAAUGGCUGCAAAGGUUCCGUGGCUCCAGCUCCGCUGUCCCUUGCGUGUCCCCCGAGCCUCUGCAUGGCCAGGACCUGAAGCUGCUGAGGGCCGAGGACUUCCGGAACUGCACGGGGCCGGCGUCCCCGCACCAGAUCAAGUCGCACACGCUCACCACCAUCGACAGGGCCGCCCGCAAGGAACACCACCCACCCCGUGGCCCCGCCAGGGACAAGGGCCACCCGCACGGCCAUCUGCCCGGCUCUCGGUCGGGCUCCAAGAAGCCGGGCAAGAACUGCACCAGCCACAGGAAUCGCAACCAGGUCUCGAAGGCGGGCACCGGGAAGCAGGCCCACGAGCUGCAGGACUAUGCCCCUGACUACCAGCACAAGUUCAGCUUUGACAUCAUGCCCACGGCACGGCCCAAGAGGAAGGGCAAGUGUGCCCGCAGGACCCCCAUCCGUGCCCCCAGCGGGGUGCAGCAGGCCUCCUUGGGCAGUUCCCUGAGGGCCUCGCUCCUGGCCUGGAUACUGGGGCUGGUGGUCACUCUUCGCUGAGGACGCAGGGCACCAGCACCCAGCACUGCCACGUGUCCACCAAGGAACAGGAUUUCUUUUCUUUUUUUACAAGUGGAGGAUCUGCUGGGUUUCAGGCAAAGGCUGGUAAAGGCUUCAGCUGCUGUCUGGGCCCUGCCCGGUGGAUGAUAAACCCAAAGUGUACAGCCCCAAGCGGGAGGGGAUUAGUUCAUCCCACCCAGCUGUCCCAGCCAGCCCCCGGCCGAGCACCUAUGGACAGCAUCCACCCAGCAAGGCAGUUAAAGCCGCAGAGUGAAUCCUUCAUUAGCAACGAUGGGACAGUGCCCCACGGGAGCUGGGCUCUGUGGAAUCUGGUCAUUUGGAGAGGUCUGAAGGGCCCCCGCCGCUUCUGGAGGAAGCAGGACUCAGAGAACAGACAAGGGUCACCAAAGAAGCUGGGUCCACCAGCUAUUUGGGAGCACAUGAGCAGGUGGCAUUUUGGCUCUUGCCUGAGGCCACUUAGUCACCCUGCCCUGAAUCCAACCAUGUGCCACCUUCAGUCCCUCCCUCGGGGGUAACGCCUCUCAUUCCUGAUGUCUCAGGCAACCCUGGCAGACCAAGGCCCAACUGCUGUCUCCAAGAACCAAUUACCAAAGGAAAGAUCAUCAGAGGCUGAAAUUUAGAACUUCAUCGUGUGCAAUGAGGUUCUCACAGGAGGUGCAGUUUUAUAACUAU